AUGGUUGAAGGUUAUGACGCACUGAGUAAAAUAUUUAAGACUGGAACAUCAGAAUCUGAAGACGCUCCUUACUUCGAGAAAUCCCUGUAUGAAGUAGAAGUUAAAGAAGAUGAAAAACUACAUACUCCAAUCAUGCGUAUUGCCGCCCAAAAUCACGAUGAAGCCACGAAUAUUCGAUACGAGAUCACGGGCGGUAACAUAGGUGGUGUGUUUGCCGUUGAUUCACAAACAGGGGAUGUUUCCCUUGCUGCAAAACUGGACUACGAAUCAAAGAAAAUGUAUGAGCUGAGACUCUCCGUAACUGACGAAGAAUCUAUCAGCUACACGAGCCUACGUGUGACAGUACUAGAUGUCAACGACAACCCUCCCGUAUUUGACAAGCCCUUGUAUCGUGCCCUUGUGCUGGAGGAGGACUCCACUAACUUGCCGAAAAAAAUACUACAGGUAAACGUGUCAGAUUCAGAUAUCGAUAGGCCCCGGAACAUUGACUACUUCCUCACCGGGCCAGGUGUUGACGCUGAUGUUCCCUCGAACGGCAAGUUCUCCAUUAACAAGACAUCCGGAGAGGUUUAUGUUCUACAACCUCUAGACCGUGACCUCCCUCAUGGACGACCCCAGUGGAGGUUCACGGUGUUCGCCCAAGAUGAAGGAGGGGAAGGUUUGGUUGGGUAUGCAGAUAUCCACGUCAACUUGCAGGAUGUCAAUGAUAAUGCUCCGAUUUUCCUUCAGAGUCUCAGUACUACCAACCUGACGGAAAAUGGAACAGCUGGAAUGGUCGUAGUGACGAUGACUGCUACAGAUCAAGAUGAUCCACUGGAGGGUGGCAAUGCUCAGCUAGUCUACAACAUCGAGAAGAAUGUCUUAGACGAGCAGACGGGAACGCCAAUAUUCAGCAUAGAACCUCACUCGGGCCUGAUUAGGACUAAUAUUUGCUGCUUGGAUCGGGAAAAGACACCAGAUUACUCCCUUCAAGUUGUGGCUAUGGAUGGUGGAGGGUUAAAAGGUACAGGAACGGUGUCCAUCAUAGUAUCAGAUAUCAACGAUAUGCCGCCCGCCUUCACCAAAGAUGAGUGGGUAACGAAGGUCAGCGAAUCAGAAGACGGCAGGAUACCAGACCACGCCAUCCUGACCGUUAAUGUUAUCGAUCAAGAUGAGACCAACGACUUCUAUUACAAGGUGGUUGAAGGCAGUGGACUGGGCACAGACAAGUUCAUGAUGGUGCGCAAUCCUGAUGGUACAGGUUCUCUCAGGGUUACCAACCCCCUGGAUUACGAGGACCCGUUGCAGAGUUCGGGCUUCCAGUUCAAAAUACAGGUGAAUGACCAGGGACCGAACAGUACGGAAGAUAAGAACCACGUGGCGAGCUCCUGGGUGGUUGUGAGGCUCCGUGACAUUAACGAUAACAGUCCACGUUUCGACAAGACGAGCUCGACUGUGUCGCUUCAGGAGGACGUGGAGGUGGGCACCCUGGUGGAUACCUUCCUUGCUAGAGACCCGGACCAAGGAGGGCAGGGGAGAGUGACCUACAGCAUUCAUCGCGAGAGCGAUAGGAGGCGACACUUCCACGUCAAUGAGGACGGCAGAAUCACUGUGCAGAGACCGCUUGACAGGGAGAGAAGUGCUAUUCAUAAGAUUCUUAUAACGGCUUCGGAUGAUGGAGACCCACCGCGGACGGCGACAGCCACUCUGACCGUGAACGUUCUGGACGUAAAUGACAAUGCUCCCCGUCUGCUCGUAGAAUAUCGUCCCAUCCUGCUGGAGAACACAGCGCCUCGCACACUGUUGGAGUUAUUCGCACAAGAUAUGGAUGACCAUGCCAAAGGGAACGGACCUCCCUAUACAUUUCACUUGGACCCUGCCGCUAACCAUUCCCUGAACCGGCUCUUCUCUGUCGAUACUAACCCGAGAGGAGACAAUGGCCAUGGCGUGGCAAUUGUAUCAUAUCUUGUCAGUUUUGAUCGUGAACGCCACAAAGAGUACCAUUUACCCAUCACCAUACAGGACUCCGGAGAUCCGUUAAUGAUAGGCACAUCUACUCUCACUGUAGUCAUUGGUGAUGUGAAUGACAACAGAAUGGCUGCCGGGGCCACAGACAUUCUUGUAUAUAAGUUAAAGGGAAGCAGAGAAGACAUGGAAGUGGGCCGAGUGUACGUAGAGGAUAAGGACGAUUGGGACCUGCCGGACAAGAGUUUCUACUGGGAGUCGAGUCCGUCUCCACAGUUUCACUUGGACCAGGAGACUGGGACCCUCAGGAUAUCCGGUGAUACGGCGGAGGGGGAUUACCGGCUGAGGGUCAGGGUGCGGGACUCCAGACACUCCCUGGACACAGUCGUUUCCUCAGUAACUGUCAUGGUGAGACAGAUUACAAUGGCAGACUGGUACCAUUCAGAGGUCGUCACCUUCCAGGGAGUCACGGACCGAGAUUUCAUUGUGAUUUUACGUACUUAUUAUGUUGAUGAGUGCAUAUUCAUGCUGCUGAUCGCGUCUCGAUCUCCAAACACAGGCUACGCCCAUGUGGAGAUCAUUUUCCUGUUCGUGCAUAAAGGAAAUUCCACCGUAAGCAGGCUGGAAACAUUCAUAGAGGUAGUCGGACAGUUACUAGAGACAGAUACAGAUAACGUGUUAGUGUUCAGUGUACAGCCCAGCCCUGGGGACAGUAGCGGAGGCGGCAAGCUAUACACCGGAGUCCGCCUCUGUGUCAAGGAGCACUCAGAAUACUUUAAGCCUGUCAGACUACUCGGGGAAAUGUUGUUAAACAGAAACACAAUAGAAAGCGCACUUUCUGCGAACAUAUUUUCUAUCGGAGAGGAGCAAUGUCAAGACGAGGAGCUGUGUGAAGGAGACAGUGGAUGUAGGACAAGGAGGACUAUCCUGCCAGCUCUGCACAUAGUGAACGGUAACACCACCGUCCUGGCGGGUCCGAGGGUCGAGGAGACGGCUGAGUGUGUUUGUGACGCCAGGGACUUCAGUGUCCCGGAGAGCUGCAGUACCCACUCUUGUCUAAACGGCGGCACGUGCUACGACACGAGGCAAGGACCGAGGUGUUCAUGCCCUGAGUAUCACGAUGGUCCACGGUGCCAGCAGAUGACCAGAGGGUUUCAGGGUGAUGGAUGGGGGUGGUACCCUUCUCUACAGGCUUGCUUGUCGUCACAUCUCAACCUAGAGUUUCUUACAACAGCAGCGCAUGGUCAGCUACUCUACAAUGGGCCUUUGGGCCCUCCAAACCCUAAUAGCUUUUUCGUUACUGAUUUUAUCUCAGUGGAGCUGGUGGACGGGAUGCCACAACUUUUGCUUGAUCUCGGAUCUGGGACUGUCAAGCUAACACUGGGAUCACGUCUGGACGAUGGCGACUGGCACCGCAUAGACGUCAUGUGGGACUCGGAGGAGGUGCGUCUGAUUGUCGACCAAUGUCGAAACCGCAACGUUACGGAUGCAAUGGACCGGGAGGUGACAGACGAUGAUCUGACGGAGUGCCAGGCUGUCACCGCCCUACCACCAUUUAGCAGUCAGCUCAACGUCCACACUCCGCUUCAGAUCGGAGACAAAUCAUCUUCUCAAAGGAAGGUUAAAGCGGUGGUUUUAGGCACACACGUAAAUAAAAAAAGGUUUGCGUCAUGGAACGUUGUGAACGUGUACCGUGGUGGAAGCGAGGCGGACAAAAACCACAAACCUCCAGAGAGUCCGGGGCGUGUAAACAUUACGAAACUUAGAUCGGGAAUGCCUGCAGUAGAAUGCCAGAUAGUGGACUUGGCUGCACCCGCUAUGUUCAAAGGCUCCAUCCCCGGAUGUCCUCUCACUCAAGCCGCAUGCGGGACAUGCUCACCUUGGAGCGUAUGCGAAGCUUCUCUUAUGUUUCCCGGCCAUCGGUGUAGAUGUCGCCCUGGCUAUUCGGGACCUUCAUGCUCCUCGCCUACCGUGCCUUCAAAAUUUCUUCAGGACAGCUUCGUGAAGUUUGCUCUUAACUUUGAGCCCCGUCGGUUCUCAACCACCCUCCAGCUGCGGUUCCGCACGCGAGAAGAGACUGGAGAACUAUUUCGUCUGGUGGAUCAGCACCAUCGCGAGUACAUAAUUCUAGAGAUAAUUAACAAAGCAAUCCAGGUGAGGAUGAAUCUACACGGUUUAAGACCAAGAGAGGAAGUGAUCAGCUUGGAUCAUGUAAAUGUCAGUGAUGGAGCGUGGCAUGCAGUAAAGGUCAGUCGCCACGGAUCUACACUGAUGCUCCAGCUAGAUGGAGGGGAAGGACGGAAGUACAACGAGAGUUUCCGUUUCCGGGGACAUCAACUCUUCACAGUCGACAAACAGGAGGGGGUGUACGCUGGGGGCCCCAAGGACCAGCUAGGCGCCAAGUUUAACUCUGUCCUGACUGGAUUCAACCAAGGUUGUCUAGACGAUAUCCGACUGGAUGGCCGUCUGCUCCCCCUUCCACCAGGAACCAAUGGGAGCCAGUGGGGUCAAGCCUCUGUAACUCGCGGCCUCCAGCGACACUGCCAUUCCAGAAAUGUCUGUGCCGAUGUGAAAUGUCCAGACACUUUCCUAUGUCAGGAUAUCUGGAAUGAUCACAUCUGCUCAUGUGGAGAUGGAAAAGUGUCGACAAGUAGAGAAUGUGAAGAUAGAGAUGAAUGCCUCGACAACCCUUGCUUGAACGGUGGCUUCUGUGUAAACCAAGAGAGCAGAAUACGGUAUCGUUGCGAGUGCCCCGAGGGAUUCUGGGGUCAGAAGUGCGAACUGGCCCAGGAGCGCCAGUCUAUGCGUCUGGGCUUCGGAGCACUCUUUACCAUUGUUGGCUUCAUCAUGUUUAUACUUGUGCUGGUCGCUCUGGUUGUGGCGUACAACAGACGAAGGGAAGCACCUACAAUGAAGAAGCCCGGACCGGACGAUGACGUCAGGGAGAAUAUCAUCAGUUAUAAUGACGAGGGAGGAGGAGAGGACGACUUGAACGCUUUUGAUCUUCUACCACUUAAGGUUCCUGUUAAAGGGUUGAGCUCAGAGAACAAAAAACAACAAGGUGUGUUAGUUGUCUGA